AUGGAACUCUCUCUCUCCACAAUCCCCGAUCUUACAGCGUAUGUUACGAAGCAAGGUGCAUAUCCUGCGGCACACGGUGGCUUUGCGGACAUAUGGAUGUGCACGCUAAAUAACGAGGCAUAUCCGUCAAUUGCACAAAACGUCGCUGUCAAAGUCCUUCGCUCACUUGGGAGCGGAUUCAAUAACGAGGGCAAACCCAAGAAGGUCCGAAAAGACACUGUUUGCUUCACUAGAGUCAGCGAUGGAUCUAAUGUGUUAGAGACUGCGGCGGGAACUUGCGGUCUGGCUGGAGCUGCAGCACCCUCAAGUGUUACCGCUUUAUGGUAUUGUUUUGGAUUUUGGGCCCUAUCCAUCUAUGGUCUGUCCGUGGAUGGAUAA